AAUGUGUAAGGAUGGACCGCGUGUAGACUCGUGCGUCGCUCGUGUGUCGCUGCGUGUAGUGCGUACCCUACUCAGUUGCGUCCACAGCACGCACUAGAAUAGCCGCAAGCGCUUCCCGCUCGUCGUGGCUCGUUUACUUCGUGAACUGUUACUACAUAAACGGUCAUAGAAUUGUGUAAUCCCGUCUCGUACGUCAUUUAAAUUUGUGACGACCGGUAUGGUCAAUUUUAUUAAUUUCCUAAUUUUGUUGUUCAUUUAAACUCCGGUUCAGUUUUAUAGCAGAGCUUGUGUCGGCGGCUAGUGUUUUGCUCUACGUGUGUGCUUUUAACUUUAACUUUUUUUUAUCGUAACGCACACUGACAUGUGAUACCGGUGAUAAGCGAAGUGUCGAACGAGAUAAGGUGUUUAGUAAUAUUAGCAUUCUAUACCAAUGUAAACGUAGCUUAGUUGAUUGCAUAAAGUGUUUUCUUAAUUAUAAACCUAGUGAUCUAAUUUGAAACAUAAUGUGUAUAUGAGUGAUGCGCCAGCGCCGGUAUAAGUGUAACGCUGGGCCUAUUUUCGUAGCACGGAAAUAAGAGCGGCAAAAGGAGCAAAAAGCUAUGUCUGCUUGAAAAACUUGAGGACGUUGUGUUGAGUGUAUUUCUGUCUGUUGUGGGCCGAUGUAUACAAUCGCUUAGUGAUUCCGUGUUUACUCUACUAAAAUGAAGAAACGAACGAUAUCGAAGUUAAAAUCAUUGUUUGGUUCUAAGAAAGGUAAACGGCAACAACAAGAAUUGUCAGCAAAGUCGUCACGUUCCGCGUCUCCGGAGCCGGCGGGGGACAGUUCCCCCUGCGAGUCGUACAGGCCGCUGCUGAGAACUCCCCCGCCGAGCCAUGUGGGACCGCCGCCCUCGCCGCCGGUGCCCACCAGCCCCGUGGCCCCCGUGGCGCCGCAGCCCGCGGGCCCGCUGCCACUCAUGCCCUGCCCCGUCUGCGCCCGCACCUUCGUACCCCAGUCACUGGCAAAACACGUCAAAAUAUGCGAGAAAACCAUGGCUAAGAAGCGAAAGACCUUCGACUCCUCGAGGCAGAGACGCGAAGGCACAGAUUUGGAACAGUACUUGCCAAAGAAUUUCGGUCUUCCAGAGAACAGCCCCUUCCUCGAGAAGAGCCCGCCCAACACUGCCAAGCCGACGCCUAAACCCAAACCUCAGUCAGUCAGGAGCACAAUAAAAAAGCCAACAGCGGAGCUACAACGGUGUCCGCACUGUUCGCGGGCGUUCGGCGUGCGCGCGUUCGAGCGGCAUGUGGAGUGGUGCGCCGACAAGGCGAAGAUCCUGCCCGCGGCCGCCGCCGCGCCGCCGCCGCCGCACAUCGCCGACGCCAAGCAGCGCCUCAACGCACGUACACAGUAUAAGGCACCCCUCGCACGUGGCAGGAAGUCAUCCCAGUCGCGCGACAAGACUACCAGCCGGUCGACGUCGGUGGAGUCGUCCCGCGGCGUGUCCCCGCCACCUCCCAGGGAGUUCGGCGACUACAAGCAGGGCCGCACCAGGGCCUCCGAAUCAAUGUCGAGUAACGACUGCCACGAAGACGGCGCUCCUCACGUGCCUGUCAUAAGGAAUUCAAGAACAACUCAAAACAAUUCAGGCGAUGCGAACGUGAAGGCGAGGCAGGCCAGACUUGCGAGAGAUAUUAGUAGUACUAGAAACUCCCGAAAUUCCAAAUGUUCCUUACAAAGUAACGCCGAACUAACCCUAACAAAUAAACCAUCGUCAAAUAACCUUAGAAAUCGAGUAAAUGUAAAGAAAAAGCAACAACUCAAAAAACUAGAGGAAAUCACAACUAAAUAUAAUGAAAGAAGAGAAAGGAUAAUAGAAGAAAAAAUCGGAUUGCCAAAACUUACUGAAGAUAGCAAAAGUCAAAUACCUGUUAUAAAGAAAACUGUAUUACAAAAAAGACGUUUUGUUAAAACAGGGACUAAUUCCACUGAAUUGGGGAGUCUCAAGGAAGAUGAUAAAGAUACGUUGCGUUCGGAACAAAAACCAAUUGAGAAACGAAAUCCAUCAUCAACAAGAAAACAAAAUGAUAAAUCAGAUAUCGCAAAGACCAAAAAACAAAACGUUAAAGAAAGCACUAUGAGUUUAGAUAGUCUCGAAGAUGUUCAAAGCAACAGGAGUAACAAUAGAAAUUAUCAAUCUAUUGGUAUCAAUACUGAACUGUUCUGUCCAAGUAUUCCUUGCAAAAUUUAUACCUGUCAAGAACAGACUAAAGAUGAAAAGAAAAAAACAAAAUAUUACGUGAAAGAACUAAAUGUAUCGAAGAAUUCAAAUUCGCUUGUUUCCGAUACAUCGGUGGAACUUUUAUAUAAAAACCCCAAGAUGGAAAUUUCUUAUGAUGAGCAAUCAAAAGAAGUAAGUGAAUCACAACUUGAUAUAAAAGAAAUGAAUUCUGUUAAUUGUAAUUUUCAAGAUACCGUGUAUGUGAAUGAAACAGAGAAAUAUUCUAAUCAUAGUGCUGCAACUGUAUCUACUAACGAAGGAUCCAGAGACAGAGAAACUGAAAAUAAAUAUGACGAAAUAAAUAAUUCGUUUGAAGAAUUUGAGGAAAACCAUAACGAACACGAUCUUAGUGCGGAGAUAUUUAAUGAUUCUGUUGAAGAUUUACGGCAACCGUCGAUAAAUAAUGAAAUGAGUCGUCAUGGAAGUGGUGAUACUUAUACGAAGGUGUCAGAAGGACCCACUGAAUUAGAAGAAUUUUUCAAUUUAACAGAUCAAAUGAUAAAUAUUAAAUCAGCAGAAGAUAAUUUCGAGAAAGAUAUGGAUGGAUUACAUACACCUAAUUCUAUUUCUAUUGAAGCUUUAAAUAAAACCGAUUUACAACAACAAAAUGUUGAUAAACAUGAAUUUUCCGAUGCAUUAGCGGAUUUAAAAAGCGAUUUAAAGGACAUAUUGAUUCAAACGACGGAUGUUAACACUGCUAAUAAUCUAAAGAAUGAUGACACAAAGACAAAUAUACAUGAUAUGGAACACAUCACCGUUUUUGAGCUGAAGUUCUAUGAGAAAGAAUUCGCAGAAGAAAUCCAGACUAUAGAAGAAGUAAAGCCCCAAUUAAAAUUACCUUCAAUAUCUGAAACGAAUAAUUUGAUGACAAAAGAACAAUCUCAUAGAAAAUUGUUAAAAACUACGAAAUCGAGUAAAAAAUACAAGAGUUUCAACAAGGAAACUCGAAAUAGUAUAGAAAACAAAACUUUCAUUGUUAACGAACUUCAACAAGGAGAUAAUAGCGAUUCGCAUUCGAUUUCCUCAGAAGCGCCUCCAUUAAAAUUACCUAAAAUCGAAAUUAAAAGCAGUAAUAAUGUAAAGGGCGACAACCUUUUCCCAUCCUCCGUCAAACGCUCCACAUCCCUCCUUGAUUCCAUACAGAAGAGAGGCACGCUGAAAGCGGAAUCUUCGAAGAACCGUCACAAAGCGGACCUUCUUGAACAGGAUAUAAUGCAAUCUCUCAAGGACUUUGAUAAAUUCUACGAGUCGGAGAGAAUAGAAAACAAUCAGCCCAGUAAAGACUUAAUUAGCAGCUCUAAGAAUGUCCACAAUUCUACAAAGAAGGAAUCGCGAAUGAAGGUCGAGAAGAAAAACAAUAAAAACGAACAAAUGUCGAAUGGUCAUUUCUCCCCCGGCGGAAAGCCCAGCAACGAUUCAGCGUAUAGCAGGUUAGUCAGCUUAAAUAGGAUAUCUCCAUCAAAAUUAUCGCUAUGUAACUCCAAAGAGCCGACGGACUCUGAAGCGCCGGAGCGAAGCCACGCCGGCUCGGAGUCCGUCGACAGCCACAAGGACGAGGUCAGGUCCGUCUCCAGCCAGGAGUUCCUCGCCAUGGAGCGAUCUACAGAACUGAACGAUCCUAUAGCCAAAGUCGACGCGCAGUACAAGGAGCUCGGUGUUCACACAUUAAGCGAAAAGCGCGUCAGUUCCCGAGCGUCGUCUCAACGCAGCGCUGUGUGGCGAUCGCGGCAGGAGUUGAGCUCGAGCGGCUCGGAGUCGUCUGUGCACGCGGAGCCGCCGGCCGCCGCGCGCCUCUCGCGCUUCUGCCACGAGUGCGGCAGCCGCUUCCCAGUCGACUCCGCCAAGUUCUGCAUCGAGUGCGGCGUGCGGCGGCUGCUCGUCUAGUUGCUCUAUGCACUUCGCUCGUCUAGCUAUUCUAUGACAGCGAAGCGUUCUCUAGUCUAUGACGUGUGACGUCACCGUGGCGGGAAUUCACGGUUUUUUGACAGUUGCUGUCGCCGAAAUCAAUAUUGGAUCUUUGAUUACCUUGUAAUAAAUAAAUUUGUGUAAAAUAGAAUGCAAAAAUUAUUGGAUCAGCUUUUAAGCAUCGAGUUUGAAUGCUAUUGCAAUCUUUAGGUUGAUUAUUUGAACCAAAAGAUUUGCAUAAAAUGGUUCGAGAUGAGAUAUUGAUUUCGGACGAUACUGUACACGAAUUUAUCAAAGGUAAACCUCUUCUUAUUAAAAUGAUAAUACCAAUUUCUUAUGAAAUAAUCAAACAGAUUUGGUUUUUAUCACUUGGUGCGUGUAUUUCAUACAUAAAUGUUUUUUCCAUGUUUGCAAAUCUUUUAGUUCUAGUUACAGAUAGUUUAUCUUUGACAAGCAACUGAAAUAACAUUCUGAGUUUUAAACAAUUGUUAAUCUGAAUAAGAAUCGUCAAUAUUUAUUUGUCUAUCAAUGCAAAUAUAUGUAUGUAGGUUGACUAUGGAGUUAGAUUUUAAAUUAUGAUCAAAAUUGUUAUGUUUCGCGACGAAAAGCUAGUUUGCUUUGAAUUAAUAGGAAUAUAGGUAAUAUUUAAUUAAUGAGUAGUUUAUACUACUUACUAUUUAACAAUGUGUUGUAUCUAAAUUAAUUAAAUGUUAUUUGGGAUACUAUAUGAUUGUGCCUUCUCUGUGUAGUUUUUCUUCCUAAGAUGGCAACACUACUUUGGAGUAAUGUUUGUUUUUUUCUUUACCAUGCUAUUUCCCGGCAGCAUUUUUUAAAUUAAGCAACUGUGAUAGUCUUUUCGGUUUUAAUACUUAUCCAAGUAUUUCCUUAGAAAUUUUGACAUUUAACUUAAUUCUUAAGUGCCAAUAACUUUUGGUUUUAAUAGAUUUUUGUGUAGGUAUUUAUAUUUUUGUUUUUAUUUUGCACUUGUUAACAAGGAUAUUGUUUUUAUUUUAUGAUUUUAAUACCCAAGCGAACAAAUUCUAAAUAAAAUCUCGUCUGUGCAUAUAGUUAGCCAUUUUAACAAGACUGAUUUAAUUUUUGGAAUAUCAAUGAACCUAACUAUAACCUAUAUCGUUUUAAUGUCUGUAUUGUGUAAUAAAAUUAACAUUAAU